AUGGGAAUCAGAGCAUUUGGAUUUGCUUCCCUCCUUUCUUCCUUCUUUGCACUCGUCUUCUCUUCGCCACUCCCCCCAUCCGGCGCCUCCGAACUCGCACCACUUCCGCUCGUCAUCUGGCACGGCUUAGGCGACGACUUCGCCCGUGAUGGUUUGAAACAGGUUUCGCAGCUCGCUGAAGAUGUAAACCCCGGCACCUUCGUGCACAUUAUCCAUAUCGGCUCGACGCCCGACGAUGACCGUCAAGCUACAUUUCUCGGCAAUCUCACCACCCAAAUCGAGACUGUUUGCCAGCAGCUUGCACGCCACCCGAUACUCAGCACUGCACCUGCUAUCAAUGCAUUGGGGUUUUCUCAGGGUGGCCAGUUCUUGCGCGGAUACGUAGAGCGGUGCAAUAACCCGCCUGUGCGGAACCUCGUCACGUUCGGAAGCCAGCACAAUGGGAUCGCGAAGUUUCGAUCGUGCGGAACUCUGGACUGGUUGUGCCAUGGCGCCGUGGCGCUUUUGAAAUUCGGCGCAUGGUCGAAUAUGGCGCAGUCUCGGUUUGUCCCGGCGCAGUAUUACCGCAACCCAGAAGAACUCGAUCAAUACCUUCUGCACAGCAAUUUUCUUGCCGAUAUCAACAAUGAGCGGGCGUUCAAAAAUAUGCAGUAUAAGCGAAACAUGAUAUCUUUGAAUAAAUUUGUCAUGUUCAUGUUCAAGGAUGACAAAAUGGUGGUGCCAAUGCAGACUUCUCACUUCGCCGAAGUUAACAUGACCACGGGAGAUGUUACGCCUUUGCGGGAAAGGGAGAUUUACAAGGACGACUGGUUAGGCCUGAGAACCAUGGACGAGGCGGGAAAGCUCGAGUUUUUGACCAUCCCCGGGGAGCAUAUGCAGAUAUCGGAUCAUGUUUUGACUAAGACGUUUAAGCAGUAUUUUGGCCCUGUUGAGAUUAAUUCCCCGGAUUCGAAGUUUGUGUUGCAAGUGCAAUGA